ACGCGUACGCCACCAUAUUUUUUUUUAAAUGAGGUUAUGUUCUGGAUCGGUCAGUACCUCAGCUUGAUACAUACAAUAUUAAUAUUUUAAUUUUGCUUCUGUUUAUAAAAAUAUGUAAAAAAGAAUUACAAUGGCUGUUAGCAGAUUAUGUGCAGCAUUUCGACAAAUAACAACAAAGGGAAAAAGUAAUAUUAUCGCGAGAUAUUACUCUUCCCAUGUGUUAAAAGGAUGCAAUAAUACCUUGCAUUUUUCUAAUUUUUAUAAAAAUGCAUUAACUCCUUCAAACGUGCAUAUUAGAUUUAUACCAAAAACACUUGAUAUAGAUUUUAGAAAUCCAGACAGUACUACUAAAAAAAGUAUAUAUGAAAUACCAUUAUCAAGAUAUAUACCAUCAAUGGAAGAACCUUUAAUAAAACAGCCUAUUAAGCAGGAUUUACCAUUAACAAAUACAUCUUUUGAACUGCCUACAACAGAAAAUAUUUUAGAAAAAUUAGCUGUACGUUUAAUGGUAAUUAGAAGAAAAAAGAUGAAGAAACACAAAAGAAGGAAACUACGUAAAAGAAUGAAGUUUGUGUGGGCGAAGAUAAGAGCAAAUCGUAAUAUAACAAAGGAAAAAGUAUUUCAAGCAGAAUUAAUUGCAAAAAUUAAAGAAGCCCACAUGUUCAAUCCUAAAAAAUAUGUUGAAGAAAGACUUGCAAUUUUGGAUAAAGAAAUAUUACCAAAAACGUUUAGAGGUGAAAUAUUGUCUGAAGACAUGAUUAGGAAAUUCAUAAAAGAAAAAACAGAAGAACGAAUGAGGAAACGUAAUAGACCACGUUUAACACUUGAUUAAAUAUAUAUAUUAGACCCAUAAUUGUUUAUCACUAUAGAAAUAAAUAAUAUACUUUGAUUCUCUACACUAUGUAGAUAUGCAAAAUAAAUUUUUAAUGUUUAAAAAUUGAA